CUCGAGCGUAAGCGAUGGAUACACAUCCCCUCAAUCAGGCCGCACGGCCCCCUUCCCCAGUCGAAGAUCCCCUCAUUCUCACCUUCAUCCUACCCUUCCUCAUCCUCGCGGAGAAGCUGACGUUUCUCACUGUCUGCCGUCAAUGGAAUGGCACCUUCUGGGGCGGUGGGAGGUCCUCCUUCAAGCUCACAAGCCGCAUGCUGCUCAACCUUAACCCGCACCAGAUGGCUCAGGUCGUCGCCAAGCUGUCGCACGUCCAGCGACUGACCGUGGAGCUUCGUUUGCGUGAUGCCAAUGGCCAGCGAGCCCGUCGUGUCGUUGAGGAGAUCAUCGGAGCUGUGUUCAGGAGUCCCGCCGUGCGGGGCAGUUUGCAGCACUUGGAGGUGUUUGCGCUUCAGCACCCCGAGCAGCCUUGGGAGAUGGUCGUGGGCAAUAUCCGCAGGCAUGUCCAGCGGCCUCUCGCUGUCACUCUGCGCAACCUGCGCAUCAAACUCUACAGGUACGCAUCCAAAGCAAAGGCAGCCAAUGAGCUCUCGCCGGUCAAGUGAUGCUAUGCUGCCUGUUGACAUUCGGUGCGCAGAGUCCGCGGCCGGCUCAUGUUUCCCGCCGUCACCUUUCACUAUGUUCGCCAUCUGACGCUCAUCAACUGUGACAUUCGGCCCGAUUUCCCCGACACAGUAGGGGGUGUUCCGCUGCCAGGUCUUCCCGGCCCAUACGACGCCCUGUCUGACAUCUCCAUUGUCACGGCGCUGUCCGAACUUCCCGGCCCGUGGCGAUUCCAGGUACCCCCACCCCACACACCACACAUCUGCUCUGCUCGUGCAUCCAUCCAUUCCUCUGCUCUUGUGGUGGUUGUCUUGUCUGGUUCGUGUCUUGUGUCUGCCUGCAGCAUGCGAUGGUUGGUGGGUUCAUCAACAGCCCGACCAUCAACCAGGUGGCGUGUCUGCUGGAGGCCUUCCGCCACUUCUGCGCCGCGCGCCUCGAGCGGCUGGCACUGCGUAACGUGGCCUACGCGCCCACGGCCGGGGUCGAUUUCCGCGGUGUGGCUCCUCCUCCCUUCCACUGGACGGACGACGGAACCGAGAACUAUCUAGACCGGCUGGAUGAGCUGAUCGGGGGUGGACAAGGGACGGCGGGGGGCACUGAGCCGGUGGCGACCUAUGGAGAUGCUCUGGUCAGGGGCGUCGCGCGGUUCCAAGACGCCCUUCACUCAUACAACAACCUCCACUGCAUCGAGUGGACGCAAGACGCCGAUGGGCUUGACCCGGGCGGCGAGAUGGCCCACCUGCGACGGUCAUACGCCUUCAUCCGGCUGCUGUUUGCACCGGGGGCCUUGGCGUUUCCCGCCAUCCGAGACAUCAGCAUUGCCGGAGACCGUCUGCCGAGCGUGGCGACGACUGAGGCCGCCGCCCCGUCCAGCCUCCCUCAGCCGCAGACCAGCCGGCCGCAGUUGGUGAGCCGAUUGGCUGAUGCACUGCGGCGUGACUACUUGAGGGCGAUGAGGGAGCGGAGUGCGUGGACCAAGGCUGAGAAGAUCGGUGGGGAUCGGCAGUGGGUGGCGGCGCUGCACAGAGGUGUGGUGGAGAAGUUGGGCCUGCUGUCUGCGUGGACGCCGAAUCAGGGUGGCCAGCAGGCAGAGAGGUCGUGGCUCGAGCGGUAGUGCGUUCCGUUCGCGGUGGUGUCUGUCGGUGUGUGUGUGGUAUGUGCGCUGUGCUCCUCGGCGUGGGGAUGUGAACAUUAGGGAGUCGAAUCGAAAGCGAUGUGCCACUACUGAUGGAAGUUGACUGGUUGGUAGUAUAGCCUUAGGUGAAAGAUGUUUGAUGGAUGGGACAACCAGGUCAACGCACGUAACAUGCGC